AUGUUCAUCCCAUCCGUCCAUGCGGAGACAGAUACCCCUGUCCUCCAUCGAUUCAUCCGCGAAAACCCCCUAGGAAUGCUCAUCACAGGACUCAAAUCCUCCCAAGACUUCCUACAAUGCACCCACGUCCCCUUCAUCCUAGACUUCCCCGAGGAGACCAACGACUCUGCGCCUCUGGGCCGCCUACGCGCCCAUAUCGCCAAGCAAAACCCGCAAGUAAAAGCCAUGAUCGAGGCUCUAGAGACCAAGCCUAACGUUCUAGACCUCGAAAACGAAGUUCUGGUGAUCUUCAACGGGAGGCACGACCACUAUGUGACGCCUAAAUACUAUGUCGAAACUAAGCCCGACUCGGGGAAAGUCGUUCCGACGUGGAAUUACGUCGCGGUGCAGGUUUAUGGCAAGCUGUCUCUUUACUAUGACUCGAAGACAGCUGAGGCGGGGGAGUUUCUCGCGAAGCAGAUUCGGGAUCUUUCGAUGCAUACUGAGACGUCUGUUAUGGGGUAUACUGGUGGGGAACGGCCGCAGCCGUGGAAGGUGGAGGAUGCUCCGGAGAGGUAUAUUGAGUUGAUGCUCAGGAAUGUUGUUGGGGUUGAGAUUCAGAUUCAGAAGAUUCAGGGCAGGUUUAAGAUGAGCCAGGAGAUGCGGGCGGGCGAUCGGGAGGGUGUGGUGAAUGGGUUUGCGAGAUUGGGCGGCGAGACGGGUGAGGCUAUGUCGGCUUUAGUCAGAGAGCGUGGUGUGUUACAUGAUGAGAAGAAGGGGAAGGUUUGA